GUUUUACUAGGAUAUACAGACAUAGUUACAACUUACUAUUAGUUAGUAGCUUCAAAUGUUCAAACAAUGUUCGUUGAAUAGAAAAUAUUUCAGCGUUUGACAAUAUGCCCAAUUGAUCAUUUUCACAAUGAAGGCCAAUGAUGACUUAGAGUCGCAACGGCUUGCUCUCAUCAGAGCCGUCAGAUCCCUCGACGAAGACAAAACAGUUGCCCUGCCCGAAAAAAUACAAACACUUUGGACAUUGCUUUCAGCAACUAAAAGCACAAGACUUCAUGGCGUUGAAGAGAACAUACUACGAUGGAUAUUCAAACACAUGAGCGGCAAUACCGAAACUGCUGAACAAGUCCGUCGGUAUCCUCUCACCUGGUCCAUUCUUAGCUAUGUGUUCCCCCAGAUCCCGUCGCAAUCUCUGGGGAGAUCACUUGCCUCGCUUCGCUUUGUAUCAGUCUUACAUCAAGCCCUUGGAGAUAUCACUACAGCUCAAAGAAAGCCCCCGGUAUUACCAAACCAAACGAAUGGGAUAGCACCGAAGAAAACGCGGAAGAGGAAGAGAGAUGACAAGUUUCCUUCUGACAUUGAGGAACUUCGUACCCCCGAAGGUUGCAUAAAAUCAGCUACCGAACUACUUAGGGCUCUGAGCAACCUCAUUGGCCAGGGAAAUCAUCGUGUAGUGUCGAAUGCUCCCGACCGAAGGGUUGGUGCCGAACACAUCAAGUCGCUUUUUUCCUCAUCCAACGAAGAAACUAGAGAUAUCGCCGCGAGAUUGAUAUUGACAUGCGAUCGCUCAUUGAGUGUUCUUGACGGUGGUCUUUCGCAAGAUCAGGCACUGUGGAUCAAUACUAUCACAACUUUAUGGAAUAUCCGCCUUCACAAUAAAGAUGACAGCCUUGAUUUUGCCAGGCACAUGUAUAUGCCCGUCACUUCAAUAUUGACGAGGUUGCGCGGUAUAGCUGGGGUCACGCCUGUACCGGUGGCCAGUGAUGCUGUCAAAAGCCUUUGGAUACAGCAGCUCGAGCAAUCUUUGAGCGCAUACUUCAUCCGCCCUGCCCGGCACAUAUUUGCGAUAGAUGGAAACUUCGAGGUAAUAGAGACCGCACUAGAAGUCUCAAAAAGGAAUAUAGGCGGCUCAGUCAUAGCUAUGUGGGAUGUAGUAGCUACCGUUCCUCAGGACUCAAGCAAUCCCAAGGCCAAGGCAGAGCAUUCAUCAUGGGCUCAAAGUGUUUUCAAAAUUCUACUCAAAGCUAUUCAACCUCUGGAACCCUCGGGUCGAAAUCAAGUCAUUGCUCACAUGUUAGACACGGCGAUCAAGAGUGAUUCUGUCCCAAGUACAGAAGCACUUCGUGUAGUAUGUAGAGAACACGCACUUAUGGUAGACGAAACCAAUUGGAGCCUGAUCGCCAAAAUAAUCGCUUGCGAUGCCGACGUGUUCCUGAUGGACGAUACCUUGAUCAAAGUCGUUUUCGAUCGAAUCAGUUCUUACUCGAACGAAGCCUCUUCUACUAAAGAUACAAUCGCUACCGAUAUUAUUCUUCCCAUAGAAGAUGCUUUUGCGAAAGCACGGAAUUUAUCAGGCUUUAUUCAGAAAUGGUAUGAUUGCCUCUGCGAGAGCGUCGGGAACUCGUUGGACCAAGCUAUUUGGUUUGACGUGAAAAUCCGAGAUCGACUCUCUAGCAUUCUGCAGAGUUCGUUAACCAGCACACAACUUAUGCGUGUCCUAGAGCGUCUGGACACUUCCGAUGCCAAUAGUGGUGCGCUUUUAGUUGUCGUGGAUGCAAUCUCUACUAGGGUUACUGAAGAGGAGUUCAUCAGGAAUGCUGACUCGAAAAUAUUCAAUGCUAUCUUCAAGGAUAAGGCCUAUGAGAACAUCCCACCUUCAGUACUGUCAUUAAGGUGGCGUAUUGCUGGUAGGAUGGCCUCUUGGGAAAUGACAGACGAAGCCAGCCGACUUUGGAAGGAAUUAAAAUCAACUCUUAAACGGGUUCUUAAGAAAGGUGCUUUAAAUGAUCCUGAGACCUUUGAGGCAUUCAGCUGCUGUUACAAGCUGUGGCUAGCUUUCUAUCCCGAAGGCAAAUAUGAAGGGGAUCUAUCUAAGUUAGCCUAUUCGUUCCUCCAAAGGCUCAUCUCCGAGAUGAAAACCAGUCAUGACCUCGCUGUGUUUCAAUUCUACAUAGAUCUCGUCUUCCAAUCCCUCCCAAUGCUCGUAGGAUCGCCAAAACAGGAUAUCAAUGCUCUGAUCUCACUCAUCGUGGAUAUAUAUUGGCAUAUUGGACAACAAUUCACACUUGAAGGUGAUAUACAGCUUGGCCAUCAUAUACGUUCACUUUUGCGCAAUCCCGAUUGCGAGGACGACGAAGCAUUAAUCGAUGCCCUGAUAUCGCAACCCCUCGAUGCUCUCGAUAGUGCAGAGACACGAUCAGGCUGGACACAGCUGCAGAGCCUCGGGCUACUUCGAAUUCUUUCCGAGUUUCCGAAUGAGGUUUUCUCGAAAGGACGCCGCAAACGCAUUUUGUCCUCCUGGAAGAAAUGGAAGUCGGCGAUAGCUACUCAUGCAUCUCAGGACUCCCAAUUCACAAUAACUAUGCUUGGGUUGUUGACUAAAAUCAUGCAGCAACCAACAUUUUACGAAGAUAUGGAAUUCGACGAUCUUGUCGAUUUGUCUCUAAAUAUAGAGAUACUUGAUAAGAAUGUUUAUACGUUGUUAGAAAAGCUCAUCGAUCUAACACUAAGACAAAUGGCCACCGAUACCGAAGGAUCUUCGCUGACUUAUUUUGCUGGUGCAUCAAAAUUUGUAAAAGGCAUUGUGCCAGAUGACUCAAGCCAUACAAGCCCUCACAUGCUUCUAAUGACAGGCCUAGCUUCUGUGCUGCAUGCAUUGCCUCCAAGUAAACCGUAUAUUUCUGCCAUCAACGUCGAAGAAAUCACGCAGAAACUGGAACAUAUGGUCCAAACCAGUCUGUCUAGAUUCGCAUCUGAUAGGAAGACGAUGGAAGUGGCCGCAGCAGAUGAGUCAGUGUUGCUCUCGCUUUCCACGACAUUAAAAGGAGCCGCCUGCGUCGUUGAUAUCAACGAGGGAAAGCCCAUCACACUUGCGGAGAAGACAGUCCACCAAUUAGAAGCCAUAAGUGCGACAUACAUCUCAAAGGAUGUCAGCGUUGGCUGGGAGUUGCGUACCUUCCUUCUUCAUAACUACCCUGGUCGAUAUGAUACGGCAGCAUUCUUCACGCAGCUAGAACAAGCAUCUCAGACAGUGGAUGAGGACGUAGUAUAUGCCCUAGUGGACGUUUUCGUGAAAAGUAAGGACAAUGGCGCAAGAGACCAACUGCUUAUCGAUUUACUUGGUGAUAAGCUUCCUACCAGCUCCGUCGGACUCCUACUUGCAGUCAGGAGGCUCAUUGAGCUGCACCAAGGUUCCAAUUCUCCAUCAGGUAGUGGUGAUAACCAUGGCGGUCUCAAUUUGGCAGCCGUCUACGAGCGACUUGCUUCACAGCUAAGCUGUGCCGAAUCACUUCAUCAUUUCAAGCUUCUGUCGGAUAUUUUGGCGUUGCUACUUGAAAAGCACGCCAACUCGAUGACCCAGUUCAAUAUUGAGAUGACGCUAAGUAGCGUUGUGCACGUAUGCUCACCGGAGGGCCCACGUUUCCAAGCCCCCAGGGCGGCGGGGGAAGUGUACGAGAAGUUAUGCAAACUCGUGGCCAUUGUGCUCAGACGGCAUCGACUUCGGCUGAGAGGGCACUUUCCAAUUCUGCUUACCACAUUACACGUGCUUCUUAGUACUCUGCUUGCCGUCCCCGAUGCUGCGUCAUCUCAAAUAUGCUUGCCGUGGCUUCACUCACGGUUGCAGUCGAGGCAUGCCGAGCGGUUUACUCGUUUGGUCACAUUAAUAUGCGAGCCGAGCGCGGGAUCGGUAGCGAGAGAGAGAUUAAGUGAUCUAGACUCGGCGACCGACGCAGCAAAGCGGGCCGCAGGGCACCAUAUGUUUACUAUUUUGGAACUGUAUAUCAAAUUGCAGCUCGAGGCUGCUAUCCCUCUGGACAUCAGAAAGGCGCUCGAGCCUGGUGUAUACGCUAUUAUCGAUAUCACACCGCAGGGUUGCAGAAGGAUAUUAAAUGAGUCGCUCGAUGCCAAUGGGCGGGCGAUCUUUAGGCAGUUGUUUGCGGAUUACAAGAAGUUCGGGAAGUGGACUGGCGUCUAGUUGGAUCUUGGCUUGCUGUAUACUGUAUAAUACACCCCUUCAAACUAAGUAAUGGCUUAGAUAGGUAGAUAUGAUAUUGUAACGGUUGUUGUGGGGGAGAUCAGAUCAGAAGGAAAGCAAGCAGACUAGCUUGAAGCUCUGCUACACUACCUACGAUAUAAAUCGUAUAUACCUACCUGUAGGUAACAUCAAGUAUACCUACUGUCUGCCUACAAUUCACAUUCGUAUAUACCUGUAUUCCCACCUACUUACCAAGGCUUACCUAUUACGCGACUUGCCUA